AUGCCCAAAAGUACAAGUGGGAAACAGCAACACAAGAACGCACCUGCCAAAAAAGGACCCAGCGCGGCAGUCUCUAAGGGAGUUUCGACAAAUACUUCAAAAGUGCAUAAAAAACAGCAGCACACCGAGCCGACAAUCCCCUUUGCGCCCGAAGACAAGAUCCUCUUGGUGGGCGAUGGCGACCUUAGCUUUGCGGCCUCUCUGGUUGAACACCACUACUGUGCCGAUGUCACUGCUACCGUCCUGGAAAAGAGUAUCGAAGAGCUUCAAGAGAAGUACCCGCACGCCGGCGAGAAUAUAACCAAGAUCGAAGCCGAGGAUAGUAGGGUCCUGUUCGGUGUUGAUGCCGCGAAAAUGGGACCUUACACGGACAAGAAGGGCAGAGAUGGCGUAGCCAUCAUGGACAGGAUUGUCUUCAACUUUCCUCAUGUGGGCGGCAAGAGCACCGAUGUUAACCGCCAAGUGCGAUAUAACCAAGAGAUGUUGGUAUCCUUCUUCCAGCGCGCGAUACUGUCUCUUGCGCCUGGAGGCACUAUUAUUGUGACCCUUUUCGAGGGCGAGCCAUAUACCCUGUGGAACAUUAGAGAUCUUGGUCGACACUCGGGGCUUCAGGUCGAGCAAAGCUUUAAAUUCCAAGCCAAUGCAUAUCCCGGUUACCACCAUGCAAGGACAUUGGGUGUGGUGAGGAAUAAAGAGGGUGAAAUUGGCGGGGGUUGGAAAGGCGAGGAGAGACCUGCAAGGAGUUAUGUUUUUAAGAGGAAGGAGGAGAACUCUAAGCCCAUCUCCCAGAGGAAGAGCAAAAAACGAUCUAGGGAGGGCGGUGAGUCAUCGGACGAGGACUGA